UCCUCAACUGGGGCAUCGCAGGAGGCAGAGAGGCUGCAGGAGAGGCUGGCAGAGAGACAUCCAGACGUGCACCAGAUCCGGAACCUCGGAGCCCUCGGCAUCCUUUGCAAGCUAGGAUUUUCUCUGUGGAGGAAAGAAGGAAGGAAGGGAGCAGGAGGACCAGCAGGGAUCUGUCCUACGGCCCCAGAAAUGGUCCCGUGAAGGAAGAGGACCCUGGAGACCCCCCAGAGUCCCUGGAGCCCUUUGGAGCUGCUCUGCCAGACAGAGGAAGGAUGGAGACACCCCCUGUGCCCAAGGAGGGGAGCAGAAAAGGCCCUGCGGCUCUUCAGCCUGGGAACUGUAGGGAGAGCUGGACCAGAACCAGGCAGAAGGUCCUGCAGGAGGGAACCAGCCUCCCCUCUGAAGUUCAGCCCUGGAGCUCCAUCCAAUACCGGGAGGCUGAGGAUCCCCGAGGACUUUGCAGCCGACUCCAUGACUUGUGCAGGCGAUGGCUGAACCCAGGAAAACACAGCAAAGCCCAGAUGCUGGACCUGGUGGUUCUGGAGCGGUUCCUGGCUCUCCUGCCUCCAGAGAUGGAGGGCUGGGUGCGGGAGUGUGGAGCAGAGAGCAGUUCCCAGGCGGUGGCCCUGGCGGAAGGCUUCCUCCUGAGCCAGGCGGAAGAGCAGAAGGAGCAGCUCCAGUGGCAGAAGUGCUGCACUGUGGAGAUCAGAGAUCCUGAGGGAAAGAAGAACCCAUCAAAUCCCCCUCAGGAGCUAUUUUUCAGAUGCAUUCCUUGGGAGGAUCAAAGUCAGGAGACCUCAGGAGAGAAACAAAGAAUGAAGUUUCCUGGUUUUUAUGAUGGAGAUCAAACAGCAGUUGAGCCUCCAAAACAAGAAGGUCUUGUGUCCUUCGAGGAGGUGGCUGUGUAUUUCUCUGAGGAGGAAUGGUCUCAGUUGGAUCCUGACCAGAAAGCGCUGCAUUCGGAAGUCAUGCUUGAAAACCAUAGGAACGUGGUCUCUCUGGGUAAUAAUGGGCAGGAGAAUCAAGAUUCCUAUGAACUGUUCCAAGUGAUCAAUGCUAAAGGUGGAACGGAGAAGUUUGGAAUUCGAAUGGAAUUCGAAAACCAUGAGAAAAACCAGUCAAAGAAUUGGCAUCAGGAAAGCUCAUCUUCCACUGAUGCUCUGAUGCAAGACUUUCUUGCCCAAGAAGAAAAAAUAAGGAAAAAAUAUACUGGAAAAAGUGUGAAGCUAAUCAAAGCUGAAGUACAAGUAAAUGAACACUAUUUAACCCAAAACACAGGAGAUGAUGCUAUAAGAAGAUACAACGGACAAAAUUACAAUGGGAGAUUCAUUCUUUCUCAUGGGAAUAAUUUCCUUACAUCUCAAAAAGCGAUUGAUACAAAAGAGAAGCCUUAUAAAUGUUUGGAAUGUGGAAAAUGUUUUAGAAGAAGCACACAACUUACUAUCCAUAAGAGGACCCACUUGGGAGUGAAACCAUAUAAAUGCAUAGAGUGUGGAAAGACCUUUGCGUGGAGCAGUAGCCUUAGAAACCACAAAACAUUCCACACAGGAGAGAAACCCUAUAAAUGCAUGGAAUGUGAAAAGACGUUUACUCGUAGCAGUGGCCUUAGAAGUCACAAAAAGAUCCACUCAGGAGAGAAACUGUAUAAAUGCACAGAGUGUGGAAAGAAGUUUACUCAGAGCAGUUCCCUUAGAAAUCACAAAAGAUUCCACACAGGAGAAAAACCAUAUAAAUGCAUGGAGUGUGGAAAGACAUUUACUCGUAGCAGUGGCCUUGGAAGCCACAAAAAGAUCCACUCAGGAGAGAAACCCUAUAAAUGCAUGGAGUGUGGAAAGACCUUUGCUAAGAACAGUGACCUAAGAAUACACAAAAGAAUCCACACAGGAGAGAAACCAUUUAAAUGCAUAGAGUGUGGAAAGACCUUUGCUCAAAAGUAUAAUCUUACUUCCCAUAAAAUCAUCCACACAGGAGAGAAGCCAUUUAAGUGCAUGGUGUGUGGAAAGACCUUUGCUUGGAGAAUGAGCCUUAGACGCCACAAACAGAUCCACUCAGGAGAGAACCCCUAUGAAUGCACAGAGUGUGGAAAGUCGUUUACUCAAAGCAGUUCCCUUAGAAACCACAAAAGAUUCCACACAGGAGAAAAACCCUAUCAGUGCAUGGAGUGUGGAAAGACGUUUACUCGUAGCAGUGGCCUUAGAAGUCACAAAAAGAUCCACUCAGGAGAGAAACCCUAUAAAUGCACAGAGUGUGGAAAGAUCUUUGCUAAUAACAGUGACCUAAGAAUACACAAAAGAAUCCACACAGGAGAGAAACCAUAUAAAUGCAUGGAGUGUGGAAAGACGUUUACUCAUAGCAGUGACCUAAGAAUACACAAAAGGAUCCACACAGGAGAGAAACCAUAUAAAUGCAUGGAGUGUGGAAAGACCUUUGCUCAAAGAGGUCAUCUUAUUUCUCAUAAGAUGAUCCACACAGGAGAGAAACCAUAUAAAUGCAUGGAGUGUGGAAAGACCUUUGCUCAAAGAGGUCAUCUUAUUUCUCAUAAGAUGAUCCACACAGGAGAGAAGCCGUAUAAAUGCAUGGAGUGUGGAAAGACGUUUUCUCAGAGCAGUGACCUAAGAAUCCACAAAAGAAUCCACACAGGAGAGAAACCUUAUAAAUGCAUGGAGUGUGGAAAGACGUUUACUCAUAGCAGUGGCCUUAGAAACCACAAAAAGCUCCACUCAGGAGAGAAACUAUAUAAAGAUCCUCCUACUCAAGUGAAGCUCCUUCUCCUUCCCCAGAGCCCCAUUCCUCCAGCUCUGCCAGGAGCAAACUCUGAACGGGGAUCAUGGGGGCCCUGAUAGGAGUGGACUUCCUCCCUGUGGGGCUCUUCUCCUACCUGAAGAGCAAGAAAGCAAUUUCUGUCCAACCUCCAGCAGCCGUCAUGGAUUAAUUCUGCUCUCCGAUGCAAAAGGAUAUUUUUUCUUUAGUGGCUGAUGAUUCUUUCUCCUGUUUGCAACCUCUGAAAAAAUGGAGGCUGAAGGUGGCAACUCCCCUCAU